AUGGCAUUCCCAAAUGUCAAAGCAUAUUACCAGGCCGCAGUACUGACCUCAUUACUGUCGCAUCUGAUUAAAGACAAGCAACCCCAAUGGGUGGUGAUGGAGAAUAGGGCCAUUAGACUCUUCCAAGUUCCAAACCUGUUGUGGUUACACAAAAAAAAUAGACCCACCACCCCAACCAUGCCCUCACAACUCGCACUAGCACUGCAAGUCUGGGAAACACAUAGAACACACUUUGAGACGGGUUGUCCCCUCUCAAUGGCAACCCCAAUAGAAGCCAUAACAUAUUGCAUCCCAACAUUCCACGCAACACCGUGGAAGGAAAAAGGAAUCACCCACUUGUCACACGUGUGUGAAGCAGGUAAACUGAUGGACUUUACAAGACUUAGAGCCAUCUACGAUAUCCCACAAACAUCGCAAUACUCACACAUCCCACUCAAAUCCCUUUUAGGCAAACAAUCUAAGGUGAGAAUGCCAGACCACCGUGACCCGGUGGAAAUCUCAGCCUGGGAAAAGAUAAGAAUAUCAGGAAAAACCUCACCCAAAUUCAAGCCACUUUCAGACUGUUACAAAGUACUCCAAACGUACACUCCCCUUCACAAAUCACCACAGGCAGCAAAUUGGCACUUGGACCUAGAAACCAAAGUUCCCGAAGGUACAUGGAAACACAUUAUAUCCUCCACGAGGAAGUUAAUUAAAUCAGCCCCACUACUAGAACAACACCAGAAAACAUUAUACAGGUGGUACAUGGUUCCAACCCGCAUUCAUAAACAGUACCCUCACUCAUCCCCACUUUGCUGGAGAUGUACGCAAGAACAAGAACAAGGAACAGUUAUGCACAUCUGGUGGAGAUGUCCUCAACUGGCUAGGUUUUGGAAAAAGGUUCACAAGCUCAUAAAAAGGGCCACAAACACAGACAUAAACUUUGAACCCGCGACCUUCCUAUUGCUAAACUUCCCAAAUGUCGCACCUGCCCAUAAGAUGAAACUGAUAUGCCAUGUUCUGCUAACUGCACAAAAAUUGAUAGCAAGAUCCUGGAAAUACACUAAGGCCCCCAACAUUCAGACCCUCAUUCAAGAAAUAGACAAACAACUGAUUUACGAAACAUACUUUAUUAAAACGCACCCAAGACCACAACGCUUCCUGGGGACAUGGGAACUAUGGCACUCUUGA